AGAGAGAGAGAGAGACGAAUCGAUAGGUGGUCUCGUUUUGUUUAGCCGUACAGCUUACAGUAGAUGCGUGAGAGGGUUUCCUUCUCUUUAAGGAUUCAGUCUUCGCGAUGGCCACCGGGAGACCAAGCAUGAGUCUCUGCCUCGGCGACACGUAAUGCUGCUGGUGGUGUGGAGGGUAAAAAAAAAGAUCCUAUUUCGAGAGACAAAUUUUUCUAAUAUCUACUUCACUUCCAGAUCUGACUUUCAGCGCGAGACUGAUUUAAAAAUCGGUAUCAGUUUUGACUCCGUUACUUAUUAUUACAUUUAGUAGUAGUAUUAGUAGUAGCAGCAGUAGUCUACCGUUUUUUAUUCCUUUUAACAAGGACGCAGGGAUGACGACAGAAACGGCGCAGCAACAGUUGGACCCGCCGCCUUCUCUGCGCUCGAGCCCUGUGCACACCGCACUGCAGAGCUCGCGCACGGUUCUGGAGAGCACUGGCGGUGCAAACGCUUCCAAAACCAAAAAGUCCAAUUCUGGUAUGAGGCGCCCCGAGAAACCACCAUACUCCUACAUCGCCCUCAUCGUUAUGGCCAUCCAGAGCUCGCCGACCAAACGGCUAACUCUAAGCGAGAUAUACCAGUUCUUGCAGGCCCGUUUCCCAUUUUUCCGUGGUUCGUAUCAAGGCUGGAAAAAUUCUGUAAGGCACAACCUCUCUCUCAACGAGUGUUUUAUCAAGCUGCCCAAGGGCCUCGGGCGGCCCGGUAAGGGUCACUACUGGACCAUCGACCCUGGUAGCGAGUUUAUGUUCGAAGAGGGCUCGUUUCGGAGGCGCCCACGCGGUUUCCGCAGAAAGUGCCAAACUCUCAAACCCAUGUACCGCAUGAUGAACGGGCUCGGCUUCGGUGCGUCCAUGCUGCCACAGAACUUCGAUUUCCAGCCGCCACCGGCGCCGCUCGCGUGCCAUGCUGGCAGCUACAAUCUGGACGCGAUGACAAGCGCGUAUGACGGACUCGGCCCAACCGCUCAUCACGUACCGAGUCCGAGUUCUGCGUACAUGUCCUCGGCCUGCCAGGUAAGCUCGAGCGGCGGUGACUAUGCGCACGAUAAUAAUGUCAAUACAACCGGAAGCAGCAGCAGUCCGCUUCAUUCACCACCGGCCAUGAGUGGACCUCUGGAGUGUCCGUCGCCGUACACCGCCGCCGCCACCGCGCACUGGCCUUCAUCUGCAGUGUCUCCCUACAUCAAGCAGUCUCCACUGGCUGCAGGCAGCCCGACAUCCUCCUCAUCCUCCGGUUUACACUCAGGUGUGGCACCAUACGCCCUCGAACAGAGCUACCUGCACCACGGAGCCCGAGACGCUGCAGAUAUCUCAGUGGGAAUCCCUCGCUAUCAGUCUCACUCUUCUCCAGUGUGCGACAGGAAAGACUUUGUGUUGAACUUUAACGGCAUCGCCUCGUUUCACCCGAGUGCUGGAGGAUCUUACUACCAUCAUCACCACCAUCAUCAUCAUCAUCAACUACACCACCAAGGAAUCUGUCAAGACAUCAAGCCGUGCGUAAUGUAAUAUAAUGUAGACCGAAACAGGACAGAAGAAACAAAAGGCACGGCAGAGACGGAAAAUAUGGAGCCUGAUAUGUAUGCACUAUAUAUAUAUAUAUAUAUAUAUAUAUAUAUAUAAAUAUAUAUAUAUAUAUAUAUAUAUAUAUAUAUAUAUAUAGGGCCAGAUGAAACGAUUGUGAAUGGACUGAUGAAAUGUAAAUUAUGAAAUUAAUCGAGUUGAAUGGAAGCAAUAAGAGGCUCGGAUUUUUUUUUUUUAUUUUUUUUUUUUUAGAUUUAUAUAAACCUAUACAGUAUUACAGCUACGGACACCCCCCACCCACAGACACACACACACACACAUAGACACAAACACUGUUAGAUACUGUUUGAAAUGCUGCUCACAAUCUCGUAAGAUCUAAGGAACUCUAAGGAAAAUGUCUUCACUUUAUUUCAUGUUUUCUGAACUGCAACACGCGUCAUAUGGCACUACAGAGUGUGUGUGUGUGUGUGUGUGUGUGUGUGUGUGUGUGUGUGUGUGUGUGUGUGUGUGUGAGAGAGAGAGAGAGAGAGAGAGAGAGAGAGAGAGAGAGAGAGAGAGAGAGAGAGAGAGAGAGAGAGAGAGCAUUUUCUGCCUUCUUACUUAAAACAAUUUCAAGGUUUGUUUUUAAAUCGAUUUAAUAUUUGGUCCAUGUUAAAUUCGUAUUGAUUUUAUAUUUUUCAGCUGGAAAUGCAUAAGCCUGUAAAAGAUCAUCAGUGACUGCACUUAUUUUAGUCCAAGAGUGAUAACUAUCACUGUGUUAAUGAUGAAACACAAACCGCAGGUGCUGGAGGGAGAUUUCCCUGCAUUUAUGUACAGUUCAAUAAAACAGCUAUAUAUAUUUAUAUAUAUAUAUAUAUAUAUAUAUAUAUAUAUAUAUAUAUAUAUAUAUAUAUACUGAAAAUUAGAUUAAUAAUAAAACGCUGUUUAACGAUAUGGGUGGUGUUUAAAAUAUGUUUCCCUGAUGAGAUGACCGUUUCGGUUUGAAUUCUUUACAUUAAUCAAGGAUACUAUUCCGUAAAGAACCAUGUUCAGCUCAUAGGCUUUACAUGAAACGGGCAGAUUUACGCAGAAUCGUAUGUUUAUUUGCGCAAAAUAACUUUUCCUGUGAUAAGAAUAAAUAAAAAGCAUAAUUGCGCCUUACUUAAUCAUCAAUUUCUCAUUUUCUUAUAUAUUUCUUAUUAAUCAGUCCUUUCCCGAAUGCUUAUUUGCUCGUCAUUAUUAUUACUUCAGCAUUAUAUAUUAUUAUAACAAAAGGUCUGACAAAUACUUCUAAUUCCUAUCGGCUGGAUUCCAUCAGAAUCUGAAUAUCUGAGUAAAAAUUGUUGCACAAGGAAAGCAAGAGCUCACACAUUCUUGGCUAAAUACGUUAAUCUGAAUGAUUUUUGGAUUUCUUCGUCUUCUUCUUCUUCUUCUUCUGGAUCUGGUUUUAACUGAGACUGAUAAAAUAGUUAGUAAUUUACAAGUGGUCUGAGAUUAUUGUUCCUCUUGCAACUUGAAUUUCUAAUCGAAAAUUGAACCCAUGGAUCUCACAUGUAAAUAAAUGUACGCCCUCCUAUAAAUAAAGAAUCCGUUAUCAGUUACAAUAAAAGGUUUCUGUUCCAGGAAAUGAAAACUAUAGAUAAAAUAUAUCUAUAGCUUUGUAAAAAAAAAAAAAAAAGCAGUCGAUAAAUUCUUGUAAAAAUUAAAACAAUUAAAUUAUGUGUAUAUGUAACUGACUCCCUCUGUACAGAUUUCAUUACUACUGAAGUAUAACUUGUUAUUUCAGUGUUCACAAUACUUCGUUGACUAUUUUAUUUAAAACAAAUGGACCUGACAUUUCUGUGAUUUUACCAUGUUACCAUGACUUUAAUUGCUUAAAACGGAUUAUCACGCUCUAUAUCUUUCAUACUUUAUAUACACUUUAUAUAUAUAGGGCGGUAUAAUGUUAAUAAAGUGUAAGUAAUAAAUAAUGUUUCAAACUAAAUACUAAGAUAAAA